ACUCCGGCCGCUGCGGGUCACGGUCACCCUGCCCGUCCUGUGACAGACAGACUUUGUCCAUAGGAGUAGUGCAGGAAAAACCGAAGAAGUGAUCCAUAAACUGAGACCUAAAGCAUGAUGAGAGACAAGAGUGUUUUAAGCUAGGGCUAUGGGACUUGCUAUGAUGGAAGUCAAAGAGAAGAAAAAAUUCACGGGACAGAGGCCAAAGACAGCACAGGGAAAGAAUAGAUUUCAUAAAAACAGUGAUUCCAGUUCUUCAAAGACCAUCCCGAGGAAAGCUGGUAAGGAAGGCGGGCCUAAAGUCACAUCUAAGAACUUUGAGAAAGGCGCCACCAAACCUGGCAAAAAGGGUGUGAAACAGUUCAAGAACAAGCCACAGGGGGGCAAAGGACCAAAGGACAAAUUCCAGAAGCCAAAUAAAUUCAACAAGAAGAGGAAAUUCCAGCCAGAUGGUAAAAGUGAUGAAUCAGCAGCCAAGAAACCCAAAUGGGAUGACUUCAAAAAGAAGAAGAAGGAGCUGAAGCAGAGCAGGCAGCUCAGUGAUAAGACCAACUAUGACAUUGUGGUUCGAGCGAAGCACAUCUGGGAGAGCUUGAGAAGGAAGGACUGUGACAAGGGAAAGAGAGUGAAGCUGAUGAGUGACUUGCAGAAGCUGAUCCAAGGGAAAAUCAAAACUAUUGCCUUUGCACACGACUCAACACGCGUGAUCCAGUGCUUCAUCCAGUAUGGGAAUGAAGAGCAGAGGAAGCAGGCUUUUGAAGAAUUGCAAGGUGACUUGGUUGAACUAAGUAAAGCCAAAUAUUCCAGGAAUAUCGUCAAGAAAUUUCUCAUGUAUGGGAGUAAACCUCAGAUAGCAGAGAUAAUCAGAAGUUUUAAAGGUCACGUGAGGAAGAUGCUGCGGCACUCGGAGGCAUCGGCCAUCGUGGAGUAUGCGUACAAUGACAAGGCCAUUUUGGAACAGAGGAACAUGCUGACAGAAGAGCUCUAUGGGAACACGUUUCAGCUUUACAAGUCGGCUGAUCACCCAACUCUGGACAAGGUGCUGGAGGUGCAGCCAGGAAAGCUGGAGCUUAUUAUGGAUGAGAUGAAGCAGAUUCUGACUCCCAUGGCCCAAAAGGAAGCUGUGAUUAAGCACUCACUGGUUCAUAAAGUAUUCUUGGACUUUUUUACCUUUGCACCCCCAAAACUUCGAUCGGAAUUAAUUGAAGCCAUCCGGGAAGCAGUGGUAUACCUGGCCCACACACACGAUGGCGCCAGAGUGGCCAUGCACUGCUUGUGGCACGGUACCCCCAAGGACAGGAAAGUGAUUGUGAAAACAAUGAAGACCUACGUGGAAAAAGUGGCUAACGGCCAGUACUCGCAUUUGGUUUUACUGGCAGCAUUUGAUUGUAUCGAUGAUACUAAGCUUGUGAAGCAGAUAAUCAUAUCAGAAAUCAUCAGUUCCCUGCCCAGCAUAGUAAAUGACAAAUACGGGAGGAAAGUCCUGUUGUACUUGCUGAGUCCCAGAGAUCCCGCCCACACAGUUCCAGAAAUCAUCGAACUUCUGCAGAAGGGUGAUGGCAAUGCACACAGUAAGAAAGACACCGCCAUCCGCCGGCGUGAGCUCUUGGAAUCCAUCUCCCCAGCUUUGCUAAACCACCUGCAAGGACAUGCGCAAGAGGUGGUGCUGGACAGGUCUACGUGUGUGUUGGUGUCUGACAUCCUGGGAUCUGCUACGGGAGAUGUUCAGCCUGCCAUGGAUGCCAUCGCCAGUUUGGCAGCUGUGGAACUGCAUCCUGGUGGCAAGGACGGAGAGCUGCAUGUUGCUGAGCAUCCUGCGGGACAUCUCGUUCUCAAAUGGUUAAUAGAGCAAGAUAAAAAGAGGAAAGAAAAUGGAAGAGAAGGCUGUUUUGCAAAGACCCUUGUAGAGCACGUUGGCAUGAAGAACCUCAAGUCCUGGGCCAGCAUCAACCGAGGUGCUAUUAUUCUUUCCAGCCUUCUUCAGAGCUGUGACCAGGAAGUUGUAAACAAAGUCAAAGCUGGACUCAAAAGCCUGAUUCCAACGUUGGAAAAAAACAAAAGCACUAGCAGAGGAGUGGAAACUCUGCUGGAGAAGCUGACCGCAUAGGCGUGCUGGAUGAGCAAGCUGGGGCCCGCUUCCAUGGAGAAGGGCAGAUCCCCAUACUCAUAACUGGACACUCUGUACAUGCAUUCUUUGUUAAAAGACCUAUUUAUAUAAAAUUGUUUCUGAAAGA